CCGGCUCAGAAAAUUAAAAAAAAAUCCGCAUUUCCAACUAUGAUAGUAUAUAUUUCUUUGAAAUAUGUCUAUGUCUAUGAUGUUUACCAACAAUUGUGAAUGUACAUAACCUUACGUGUAAUGUUAAGGAAAAAUUGAAUUUUUAUGCGUUAAUCAACCAUUUGGGACUAUUUUCAUAAUUUAUCAUUAAUGGAUUCGAAUUUAAACGAAACUUCGGGACUCAGUAAUGUUGAUGAUGCUUCAAAUUAUGCGGUAAAACCUGUCGAAAGUGAACUUUCACAACAUUAUCCAUUAAAAGCGAUAUUGCAACCUUUGGGAUCCACAUCAUUAACUAAAUCGCCUUCAUGUAUGGUGGUAUACACUCCUGGGGGGACAAGUGAACCUCAUACUAAUAUUACAUUACAAAACUGUGUUAUUACAAUGGAUUUAGGAUGUCCAUUGGAUCUAAUGAAGAUUAAUCUUAGAACACGCAAUUCCGAGUUUAAUCCUGCUCGAUUUUGUGGGGUUGUGAUGAGAAUCCGCGAACCACGAACUACAGCAUUAAUAUUUAAAAGUGGAAAAGUUAUCUGUGUGGGUUCUAAAAACGAAUAUGACGCUUUAGUGGCAGCAAAGAAAUUUGCACGUAUUAUACAAAGAAUUGGAUUUAAUAUCCGAUUUACAAAAUUCCAAGUGCAAAAUAUUGUUGCAACUUGUGAUCUAAGAUUUCCCAUUAAAUUGGAAAAUUUAAAUCAAAUACAUGGACAAUUUAGCAGUUAUGAACCAGAACUUUUUCCUGGAUUAAUUUAUAGGAUGGUUAAACCAAGGAUAGUUUUAUUAAUUUUUGUGAACGGUAAAGUAAUCUUUACAGGAGGAAAAUCCAGGCAGGAUAUCAAAGAUGCUCUGGAUAAUAUUUAUCCUAUUUUAAGAAGUUUCAGGAAAAACUAAUGAAGUAAUUUAUUACCAUUCUCAGAAAAAGAAAGGCGUUUCCUUCACAUUAUAAACGUCAUUUUUUGUAUAGGUACCAUGAUGAAUGCAAUGUUUAUUAAAUAAUAAAAGCAGACAAAUUAGAA